GCCACUGAAAGUGGUCCCUAUUAUUCCAAAAAAUUAUGCCAGCAUAAUUGGGAAAAGCCUACUCGGGGCUAAGAAAAAAAUUACACUCUACAAAAGAAGGAAGUAGUUUAGUAAUAGUAAUUAUGUAGCAGUCAAAAAUUGAGGAUGGGGAAAAUAAAAAAACAAAACAGAGCGAAUAUAUUUAUCAUAAGUAGUUCAUAGAGGAAUUAUGUAUUCAGGGGGGGGAUGCGCCCCUCCUGAGAUACAAGGUUCGACACACAAGAAAGCUAGUUCGACCGUCCAGGACUCCACGCGAAGUAUCAAAGCCUACAUGUUCACCAGAAGUCCAGAUAGAGCCUCGAUGUCAACGAUCACCACUACACUACUAGGUCUACUAUAUCUGGGCGUAGCCCAUGCAAUCAUGCGAUCAGAUUCAAUAUUCAUAACCCGACGUGUGGUUUCAGUGAAGCUCUAAAAAUGCACACGCACUAGCUUGCUGACAGGCUGAAAACAUGGCAGAAGGUUUCCAAGCUGUAUACAACCUGCUAGGCAACAGUGAAAAGAAGAAAAGUAGCUCCACUGUUGUUCUUGAAGACUUUUUCUGGGAUCAAUUCAUCAAGUACAUCAGCUCAACCAUUCUUGCUCUCAGUGUGCUCAAUGUGACCGUGGAGUUUCUAAAAGGAGGUGGUAUAUUCUGUUUCCCUCCCUCUGACAAUUUAGCGAUUGAGAAUCAAAACUUGCAAGGGAAUGUGUUGUAUGAGUUUGGACCAGGUCAAGCAAGCUACAUCAACAAUUACUGUGCAAGGAUCAUCUUGAAGACAGAAUAUUUUCCGAUUUACAUUCUCAUCCAUGGUAUUUCUCUGGUUAUCCCUCACUUUGUUUGGAGCUCCAUCCACAGAGGAGAUUUUAGAAGUUUCUUUUCUGUCGUGAACAAGCUGGAUCACCUGAGGGACGAAUCUGGAGAAUACGAUUCUAAUAAAUUUGAUCUUGUCACCAGGCUGGAGCAAGCGUACAGUGGACAAGGAAUCUUCUUUAGUUAUAUUUUUAAGUUGCUAUGUCAGCUUGCAGUAUGCAUUGUGUCUUUGGCUGCCACUUCUUUGUUCUUUCUUGACUGUGAACUCGCAUUCAGUUUCUGUUGCCCGGAUGUGAACAUUUGCGUUACUCCAGAGGCAAGUAACAUAAUUUGUUCUCGAAAUCACCGAUGAAAUUCCUGAAGGUUGGCCAUUGACCAUUAACGUUCCUUGUAUAUACACUAGUUUAAGAAUACUUGAUCUGGUACGAUAUGCUGACCUUUGUCUCUUGGUGAUUGCUACACUAUUGGUUAUCAUUGGUUUGGUUUGGUGUUGUGUUAGGCACAUAGAACAACUAGGGCACAAAGAUAUUGCCAAGUUCUCCUUUCACAGCUGCCUCAACCCAAAGUUUCACAGCUUUCCGUCACCAAUUUACUGGCCUUCAUAUACAUUGCACACAAGUCAAUCAAAAUGGCUAUGGCUAUUCAGGCACUAUCCUGAGUUGCACUUGAAGCAUUUGAUGAGGCCUAGGAUUAAAACUAAUAUGAAUUUUCUUGUCUUAAUGCUUUUUCGUGCUGAUACUACCCAUGGGCAAAUUUUCAAGAGCAUACAAAUAAGCAAGUACUUGAAUGCUCUCAUUGACAGAGAUAACCAGCAACUACAUUUAUUCUCAAAAGUUUUGCCAGCUGGAAGAGCUGGAAAAAAAGAUUUUCAUAGUUAUUUCUCCAACUUCUACGAGAGUUAUCAAGAAAAUCCAGAAAUAAAUUUAUUUAAGGAAUGUACAACAGAUCGUCUGGGCAAUCUACAUUGUGUUGAGGAAUUGUAUUCCGAAAUGAGAGGUUGGAUCUACUAUUAUGUUAAUGCUUUUAAACAAGAUUACCCCCUUGGGAACAACUUGGCUGUUGAUGUCUCUUUUGGAUCUGUGGGCUUUGCUCGUGUUCUAGCGAGGCCAUUUAAAACGGUCGUCUCUUUGGAUUUUAGUAGUGAUGUUGAGGAAACAACUGAAAUUGAUCACUUUUACAAAGCGUUGAGGCUCCCUGAUAACUGUUUCGCCAAAAACACAGACAAAAUUGAAUUGGUAAAAAAGAAAAUAGACGGAGCGAUUGACAGUACACACAUUGACUUGGUUGUUGUUGGGCCACUAAUAAAGGCAUCACCAAGGAAGGUGAUAGUGAAACUGCUCCUGAGUCAUUUAUUCCCUGAUAACUACAUGUACGAGCGUAGGAACACAUGUCUGCUCAUUAUUCGUCCAGUGAAGGUUGGCUCAAAGAAGCUCACCAAUCAGUUUCGCCUCUAUGAGCCCCCUAAACAGCAGUUUAAAUCAGUCGCCUUGUCACAGUUGACAGAUAAAUUUGGAAAAGAGCAACGUAUACGCACAGUGAUGAUCAACAACAUUUCCUGUGUAUUUGAGUUUGCAGUCUAUAAGUAUAUUCCCAAUCAGGAGACUAGCUAUGCCGAAGCGGACCUAAUUGAUGUUUGGACUUCCUGACUAUAUAUAGUGUAGCAGUAUAUAAGUAUAUGUACCAAUGCAGAUAUACUUCUAUAUACCGUAUAGCGCGAAAUUUUCGAGGCACUUAUAUUUCGUGGAUUGGCCUCUAAAAACCAUUUCGUUGCACAAUGUUCGCGGAAUGGCUGCUUACCGGAAGCCACGCCUUUAAAUCUUUGCAUGAUAGCAGGUAAUUCUAAUUAAAGAACACUUUUUGUGGACUUAAUUUUCGUGUAGAAUUCUAACCCACGAAAUCCGCGAAAAUUAAGCCCCUCGAAAAUUUCGCGCUAUACGGUAGAUAGUACUUACGCUUUAUUAUUUUGUGUCUAUAGUGUAUUGACUGAACUCGUGUAUUAUAUAUGUUUUGUAGGAAGGAGAAGUACAUUGUGUUGUCUCA